AUGACAAACUUCCAUGGUACAUAUGAGAAUGGUCCAAGAUCAGGGGCAGAGGGUGCUCAGGGGCGGUACCCAGUCCACCCCGUGGAAGCGGUCAGCGUUAAGUCCAGCAGGCCCUCCCGCAGGCAGAGGCACUGGGUCCUGCAGCGCACACAGGUCCUCACAGCGCGGGAAGAAGUCGGCUGCUGUGUCGCAGCGCAGCUUCACCGAGUGAUCACGGCCCGAGCGCGGCUUCGGGGACGCUGGCUGUGGACACGAUGCCCACACCCGCCUGGGGUCCCCUGCUCGCCUCCCGGCCCUUCGGGCGCUCACCGCCCGGCGGCUGCGGGCCCGCAGCGUGCGCAGGAGCCGCGUCGCAGCCAGACGACGCAGGGCCACGAGCCCCAGCUAGGCCAGUCCCUCCAUGCCGCGCUCCCGCGCCGCCUCUCGCGGCGAAUCGCCGGCCCUUGGCGCCAGCCUCAGAGCCCUCCGCGCGCGGGGAUGCGGUUCAAACCGGCGGCGGCUCCGUGGGGGCGGGGCUCGAGGACGAUUGCGAGCUCGCCGUGCGUCCGCACGCAGCCCCGCCUCACAUGGGGACGCGGCCUGAGGAGCAGGGGCGGGAGCUUUGAGAUUAGGGCAACGCGAAAGUACCAGUGGAUAACUUCUCCAUCGGUGAAGGAACCAUGCAAAGCUGCUAGACAGAAAAAGAGAACUAUAAUUUUGGGAAGUGGUCGAAAAGGAAAAGCUACUAUUAGAAUUGUUGCACAUUGCAGAAAAAUAGCUGGAAGAAGAAACAUGUUUUUCAGAUGUCCAUUGGAGCCCCAGAAUAGAAGCAAGAUGAAUAUUCCAUUCCACACUGGCAACACCAAAGGAGAUGAUGCUUUAGAAAAAAGAUUUCUCGACAAAGCUCUUGAACUCAAUAUGAUCUCCCUGAAAGGGCAUAGCUGCGGAGAAGAGGAUGACCCUAGGGAUGAGCAACGUGGACUCCAGCUUGGUGCCUCUCCAACGUUAAUACAAGCAGAAGAGGCCUGUAGGCUGAGUCUGGCUCCUGGCACCUGGAAUUAGAGAAGAUGGUUUAAAAACGGGCUCUCCCACCCUCUGUGUGAUCUUAGCUCGAGAGAGGCUAUAUUCAUCUGUGUUAAUCACUGCUGUGUUUCCUGAACAUACCUAUAAAACAUACUGAAGAAGGGUGCCUGAAAUUUGAAUUACACAUUGGCUGUGAAUCUAUAUUUAAGUGCAGAAAUCUGGACUAAAGAUAUAAAUCUGGGGAUCAUCUGCCUAUUUCUCAUAUUUAACUUUGAGACUGGAUCAAAUCACCAGGGACUUCUCCUGGAUUGUGUUGUAGGAAGAGGAUGCUGUACACUUGCUGUGCCCCUCUUUUUUCCAAGGCAUGGAUAACAGUGACCUUUCAGGAAGAGGAAGGAGGUAGCCUAAGCAUGGGCAUCAGCUGCUUGGGUGAUCAUACAUCAGUCUUGAGGAUGCCAGCUGACCAGCUGUGCUUGCUCACACAGAGUUCAUGGGAAAUGCAAACUGUGUACCACCAUCCAGUUGAAGGAGAGGCAGCUGCUGCCCUCAGGCAGUGGACAAGUCUUCACAGUUAACUUGACUUCUUAAAAUUCAUAAAUUAUUUUAAGUAUUUGUGCUGCCAUAGACUUAAUGAAACAUAUGGAGUGUUUUGUUAUAGAGUCAGGGUUGAAUCCUCCCUCCAAAAUUACUACUUGUAUAAACCAUUUAGAAUCCCUGAGAUUUGGUUAUAGUACCUGCCACACGGGACCAUUCAUAUGUACCUCACAUGGAUAUCUUGAAAGUAAAGUGAGAUUAUACACAUAUACAUACAUGCACACACUCACAUGCACACAUUUACAAUUGCAACUCAAAUUUAAGUUGAAAUCAGACGGAGUCAAGAUCCUGUUAAUGAUUUUGCAAAGUUUGCCUAAAAGACACCUAAGAUAUUUACUCUAUGAAUCAUGGAGAUGAAGUAGCUUAAGAAAAAGAGGUCAUAUUUUCAAGGAAGUAAGCAUAUGGCAUAAAUGAAUUUCCAUCCAAAGAGUAAAAUAAAGAUAAUUUCUUCAUUGUCUAUGAUUAGGCAUAAUUCCUGCCUCCAUUCUAUCUACUUUAAAGAUAAUGUAAAUCCUAUUUUGGGGGGAUACUCCUUGGUCUGGAUCAUGUCAAGUUUGGGGAAAUGGAGUGAAGUGGAAUAGGGGAUGAGUAUGUAUGUCUAUAAAAUCAUAUGUUAUUGUUAGUGUAUGUGUUGACUCAAUCUUUAGGAAUAUUAACAUCUAAAACCUGCUGCUGCUGUAGAGUAAUUUUGCAGAGAUUCUUUUGUAAGCCAACCUAGCUUCCUCUUUAGGUUCUGCUCUCCAGUGCUGCUGCCCAGUCUCAUCACCCAGACAUAAUGCUGAAGUCUCUAAAAACUUUUUUAUCCUUGUGUAUCUAAUCUGAGGAAUUUCUUUAUGGCUUAUCACCAAUAGAAUGAAAAUAUAGGAGUAAUUUUCUUGCUUCUUCAGAGAUAUUUUCUAUGUCCAUAAAUGCUUUGUCUUAUCCUUUAUUUCUUAAAAUCUUCCUAAUUAAAGUUAAGAACUUGGUUCUUUCAAAGACAGCAGCUAGAAAGAAUGCAGCCUAAUUCUUUAGUCUGCCAUAAGCCUUUAAGGUAACACCCUGAAGCAGUUACCAGCUUGAGAGUUUACAAUGGAAUAGAAAAAAUGUUUCUAGGGAAUGAAAAAUACACAAAAACAUAGGUUAAUAUUUUAGAUGUGCAUUUCACCUAUUUACACAUGUAAAACCUUGAAGCAACCAUGGAACUAGGAACCUUAAGAUGGCUUGCAGACACAGAGAGAGUUAAAGGAUGCAUUAAGGUAAUGGACAACACAUUCGAAGAAUGUAGAUAAACAUUGGAAUUUCUCAGACAUGCUAUGACUCCACAGUACAGAUAACUCAAACACGUUUAUCCUAUAUAAUAAUAUCCUGAUUUUUAGCAGCAGUUUCUACACAAAUGUGUCAUUUUGGAAUAAAAAUGAAAACUUCCACCACUUUAAUGAAAAAUAUCAAAUUGAAGAAACUAAAUUUGGAGAAAUAACCAACUUUUCAUUUUGUAAUUUAGGAGAAGUACAAUAAAAUCUACUAACAUGAAAGAAGAAGGUUGAAGUUCCUGACAGGGACUAUAAUUAAGCAAUAGCAUAUUAUUUUGGUGAAGGGGGAAAAGGAAGAAAAUAAAUACAUGAAGCCUCUGUAUAUCAAGAAGAAUAUAUAUCUAUGAGACAAAAUAAAAUUUACAUUGUAAAUUACUGGCAGAGGAAGAAGAAUGAUGUGGCAAUUAAAUUUAAGGAGUUAAAAUGUGUAAAAAGCAGAAUUAAGUGAAUGGUGACUAGCAACGGGAAGCAAACAAUGUUGGCAAUUAGUACCCUCUUUGGAAAAUAUUAGGAGGUUAUUUCCUUGAAAUGGAAAUGUGAGAAUUAGAAAUUUAAUUCCUUGACCCAAAUUGUCAAGCUUCCCCAGGUAGGAUAUAGGCAGUGAAAGAGGCAUUGCAUUUGACAUUUCAGAGUAUGUUAGUGUCCUUCAAGAGAGUGAUUGUGGUGUACAUUUUUUAAAAGAUAAAGUAUUAAUUAGAGUGUUGUGAGAGGGAAGGAUUCUCAUAUAGAGAUGCAUGGGAAGAGGAGGGAAAUGAGGCAGAGUGCUUAGGCUUCUUUUCAUGAGGUUUGGUCAUGAGGUGAAGGAAAAUGGGACAUCCGCUUGAGAGCAAUAAAAGGUUAAAAGUGUAUCCAUUUAGACACUUUUGAACAUGUCUGUCAGAGGGGUGAAGAGACUGUUCCAAAGUAAAGAAUGAAAAUUAAAAAUCAUUGAACAGUGAUGUGAAUAAAAUCCUAGCAGAGGUAAAAUAAGAGGGGGAAGAGCAAGUGCCUUUGAAAAGGUCAAUAUGAUGAAGAUAACUUGGAAGGUUAAAUGUGACUAGAAAAGGAGCACAGAGAAUUUUAGUCUUUGUAACCUAUAUUUUCUCUUGGUAUUGCCGUUUUGGGUAUAUGUACUCGCAACAGAGAAUCUGACAAUGUUUCUUGGGGAAAACAAUAUGUAAAUGUUGGCAAAUAUUUGAGACUGAUUACUUGUAAGGUUUCUCAGUGUCCUGAUACUCAACAAUCUUAGUUUAUAUUGGAUAAAUAUUGAAAUCAUUCCAAAAUAUUUUUGCCUAAGAAGUUAAAAUAAUAGUAUGAUAAAUAAAAAUAGAAUUUUCUUGUUGUGAUUAAUAUACCUCUGAGGUAAUACAAACUUAUAUUUCAACAAAAUAUUUAAUAUAGAGAGGAAAAAUAGGGGGAAAUGUAAUAUGAAAUCUGAAAGUUACUACAGAGAGAUUUAUUUUUCCAGGAAACACUGAAUGAAAAUAUUGCCAAUGGAAAGGAAUUGCAAUAAGCAACAUUGUAAGUAAGCUCCAGAUUAUCAAAAGCCAGUGAUUUCAUUGUAGAAAAUGUCAUAGUCUAUAAAAUAUCCAAGGCCAUAUUUAAUAUCUUAUUAAACAUUUUUAUGUCAAAUUCAUAUCAUUGAAGUAUAAUUAAGAAAAUUACAUGAAUCUGGACUAUAGUAAAUUCUAAAUAAUUUUCAUUGGUUUCCUUCUAUAUGUAUUUGAUAAGGGUUUCAUUUUAGGUCAUUUUAAAUUUUGUAAUAUCUCUCUAUGAACUUACAAUAUAAUUGUCAUCAAAGUUGUUUGAUGUCGUCAUAGACUGUGUUAGGAGAACAUUAGGUUAUGAUAUUUCUUUUCAGGAAGCAUAUAUUAAUUUAUAACAAUGAGCAUAUUGAUUUUAUAAUUUAUGUAGUAUUAGAAAUAAUUGAUCAUUAUAGUUGAAACUUGUGUUUCAGUGGUGUAAUCAGCAAAAGAUAUUCUAUAUUUAUCAUUGUAUUAAGAAGCUGCAUUUGAAAGAUUGAUAGUACAGAUACAAUGCAAAUAUCAUCACUGUAAAAGAAAAAUUGUUCCAGACAAAUUAAACAGGCAAGAAAGACUUUAUUUAAGACUAUUGCAAUAGGGGAGAGAGAUUAAGCUCAAUCUCCCUGACACAAAAGGCAGGGGGAUUUUUAAACGCUGUGGUGAGCUAACAGAAAAAGGAGGGUUGGUCAAUGUGAGUAGGCCAUCUGUGUUUGCUAAUUGGUGCUUGGUGCUUAUCAAAGUUAGGUUUCUAUUCCACCCCCCCCACCCCGCCCCCUUAGAUACUGGAAGACAGAGACCUUAUCUUUCUCAGUAAUUACAUUUCAAAGGGUGACUCCAAGGUCCUGGAUGAAGACAUUCCUGGGUUGUAAAACCCCUGGCAGGAGGCUGAAAGAAGAUUUACAUCUCAAAGAGGCAAAGAAAGGCUUGCAAGUUUUCUAAAGUAAAUUCUCUAAGGAAAGGGAGGUUGGGACCUAUAGUCAGGAAGAAACCUGUCUAAUGUUUAGUCAGGCUGAGGGGAAUGUGACAAUCAUCCUGGUCAUCACCUGUCUCAUUUCUAUUAAUUAUUAAUUCAUGGUCUGGCUUCACAGACCCACUUCACAUACCUUACAGUAGGGACAAUAUGUUUUCAGUACCUAAAACCCAAUCUCAACAAUUUAAUCUUCAUGAAUAUAGUAAGAUUUACUUAGCCUUGAUUAGUGGGAAGGCAGCAUGAUCUUGAAGGUUAAGAACAAAAUUCAUCAUCUGAAUCAUUUAUUCAGUUCAUUGAAUCAUACUCUCUGCAAGCAUUUUUAAAUGCCUAAACUGGGGCAAGAAUUUACUAAUGAUUCCCCGAUUCACAGAGACAAUAUAGUGAACUUAGAUUACUAAACUAAGUUUAUCAGACAAAUGGGAAAGCAAAACUAAACUCUGAUUGCAACUUUCGAUUGUAUUGCAACCAAAUUCUUUUUACUCCAACCACAAACCAUGUAGUACUAAACUCAAUAGUGAAAGAAGCUGGCUUAAGGAUAAACAUAUGACCUUGUUUUUUUUAAUAUAUCACAUAUCAUUCCCCCCCUAGUUUUUCCCUGUCAUUUGCAUCCAUUUAAACUUCCUUUAAAUUUUAUUGUAAAGAAUUGCUCCACAUUUUCAUGGUCAUUGGAUCUUUACCAAAAGCAGGCAACUUUUUUUUUUUAACCAAUGAAAUGGGAAAUAUUCUCUUCUAGUUCUUUUCUUUGUCAUUAACUUUGGUGAAUCUUUUGGGCUGAACUUUUUCAUACAGCCUUGCAAAUAUCUCUCUCCCACUUAAGAACUUCACAUAGAAAAUGAGUCCCCAAAAUACUGAAUAAAGAAAUGUGUUAAAUACAACGUGCAGCCACUGUUUUCAAGGAUAGAAGAGUCUACCUGGGGUAACAAGUUACAAUGUGACAUACAAAAUCCUUCUAUGAAGACAUGUAUAUGGUGAUGAUUGAGCACAGAAGAAAAACACUUAACUCAGUCUGGACAGUGAAUAAAAGUUUCCCAGAUGAGUCCUGAAAAUCAAACAGGUAUGAAUCAGAUAAAAGAUGGAGGAAAGGCAUGCUCUUUAGAGAGUAGUAUUAUGUAAAAGUCUUCGACAUGAAAGAAGACAGAUUAUUUAGGGGCUCUAAAGAGUAGUACAGCAAGGUAAAUGAAAAUAAGGUCAUUAGAAGGAGAAUAAACUGGAGAGGUGGGUAAACUUUAUAUCAUGACUGAUAUUGUGUGUCAUGGAAAGGUCCUUGGAUUAUUAUCCCAUAUAAUAUGUAAAAUGUUUGUAUAAGUAAAUGCUAUAAAACUAUAAAUUCUAAUAAUUAUUUGUUGAAUUAAACUGAUAUAUAUGUGAA